AUGCUUCUUCAAACAAGAAACUUCAGUGCACCAUGCCAUUUCACACCAAAAACAACAACUAAAAUCUCUACUCACCCUUCAAAUUCAAUCUCAUUUCGCUCAACAAAGUGUUCAAUCUCAACCCAAUUGGAACUCAAAACCGAUAACAAGAUCACCAAACCAUUUCCCGCUGAAGUAUCCAGAACCAUUAUGGAUUUAGCUACGGCUGGCACUUUUUCUACUUUGACUCAACAGGGUUGCCCAAUUGGUAUUGGGGUUCGAUUCGCCGUUGAUUCGGAUAACGGAAACCCUUUUUUCUAUUUCAAUCAUAAUUCUAUUCCCACUGCUAAUCACAAGAUUCAUGACACCCCUUCUUCACUUCAUGUUAAGUUUUUACAGUCGGGAUUGCGUACACCUCAGUGUACACUUCAAGGAACUCUUACCAAACCGCAGGAUCCAGUUUUGAUCAAGCGGCUUGUUUCUUUGUGGAAGAAGAGGUUCGGAGAAGAAGUUGAUCAAGAUUUUAUCCAUAUUAUUGAUGUAGAUAGGGUGCUGCAUUUGGAUGACUUCCAGGAGGACGGCGUGUGGUUCACCUCUUUAGACUACAAAAAUGCUCAACCCGACCCCCUUCGAGAAUUUGCUGAGAAUUUAGUAGCUGAAAUUAACACCAAUAAUAUGGAAGAUAUUACUCGCUUUUGUAAUGUCUAUGUUGACUUGGAUUUCCAGGUCUCAGAAGCAAAGAUGAUAUGGGUAGAUCGCUUGGGCUUGGAUAUGCGUUUGUUUUCUCCUAACAACGGUUUAUUUGAGGUCCGCAUCCCUUUCCCUAGAGAAGUCACCGAUGAAAAAGGGGCCAAGUCAACAUUUAAUUGUAUGUCACAAUUGGCUUGGGAGGUAGAAAGAAAUUUCCAUCCUCUGGAUUUUGAGAAGGUUACACAAUUGAAACACAUAAAGUCAUGA